ACUGUUUGACCAGAAGGGGGAGCUACCGAACAAAUCUUUGGAUAAGGACUCGCAAAGGAUUGUGGGAUUUUUAGUUCCAAGAGGAGGACGGUACAGCGAGGACAACAAAACCAGACUUUUUCCAGCGAAAAUACAGAUUCACACCUCACUUGGGGUGGAAGUAAAUAUGCCCGGGUUCACCUGCUGUGUGCCUGGCUGCUACAACAACUCGCAUCGAGAUCGGGAGCUGCGCUUCUACACGUUUCCGAAAGACGCUGCGCUCAGAGAGCAGUGGCUGAGGAACAUCUCCAGAGCCGGGGUCAGCGGGUGUUUCAGUACUUUUCAGCCCACUACAGGACACCGGGUGUGCAGUGUACACUUUGCAGGCGGGAGAAAAACCUACACCAUACGAGUCCCGUCGUUAUUUCCCUUGAGAGGCGUGAAUGAGCGGAGGAACAGGCGGGGAAGAGGAAAGAAGGUGUCUGCCCCUGCGCCAGCUCCUGUGCCCACUCCCGCCCCAGCCGCCACCUCCGGGAUUAUUAUUAGUAAUUUGAGUGUACCAGAAGGAACAGAGGGGACUGUUGGUGGUGAGGCCAACAACGAUGAGAUCACUGUUGUCCAGAUUGGUCAAAACGGUGAGUAUUUAGGUACAGCGAGACUUCCCGCUCAAACUGAAGGGACUUGUUAUUCAGCUCCCGUAGACGACGAUACAACAAUUGAUGAAUCAAAGACAGACACGAGGGCAGUAGUUGUCCAACCCACAGUACAGUACGUGAGUGUGACCAGCAGCCCCCUGGACCACUCUUAUUCACUCACCACCGGGACUACAUCAUCAGAGCUGCUGCGUAAACUGAACGAACAACGGGACAUCAUCGCACUGAUGGAGGUCAAGAUGAAGGAGAUGAAAGCCACUAUCCGGCAGCUGCGAGUAACAGAAGCAAAGUUACAGGAGGAGGUCAGAGAAAGGGACAGGCUCCUCGUUGGCCUAGGCAACCCCACAGUUGUAAAUAGCUCCAAUUCCCGGAAGAAAGUUUGACGCUCAGUGACUAAAUAUCUGCAUUAGUGUGUAUUUGCCUGGAGAUGAACAGUAACAAAAACUCACAGCAAAAAGAAACCAGUGAUUCUUUUGAAGUCAUAGACAGCCCUAUUUUGUAUCAAAAUGUGAGCAGUGUUUUUUAUUAUUAAAGGGGCUAUGUGUAGCGUUGGUUUUCAGUGCCAUGGUGUUAAAUACCAGAGCACAUCCAAUAAACUAUUAAUUUUGGAAAAAAAUAAAAUAAAAACUACCAUUUGAGAAAUUUAACACAAAGCUAGUGAAAUUGCAUAUAUAUCAAACCAAACAUGUGUACAUGUAGAUUUUUAAAAGUUUGUCAGGUUGGCCAUGUGCAUUAUGACAGAACAGAAGGGUUGUACAAAAAAUAGUAGUGUACAGCUGAACUGGCAGCUUUCAAAUUUUCCAUUGAAAAUAUACAUCAACUAUGAAUUGUACUUUAGUUUGUGGUUUUGUGAAAUGCUGUUGUUUUCCGGUUUAGAAAAUUAAAGGAAUUGUGAAUAUUCUCGAAACCUG